GCGAUAGUAGCAGCGGCCCAAUCUCGACUCCCGCGUCCGCGACUCUCCUACACACGCGACGCUCAACGACCAUGUUCUCGGGCUCCAAUUCAUUCUUGGGCGGCGCCAACCAGGGCCGCCCCGGCCAGCAGCAAUAUGGCCAGCAACCACAACAGCAGAACUUCAGCGGCUUCGGCCCUCAGCCCACGGGCUACAUGCAACCGCAAUACACCGGCAUGCCGCCCAUGCAGCAGCAGCAAUCGCUCCAGCCUCAGGCCACUGGUUAUCUCCCUCCGCAACAGCAGCCUCAGCAGUCCCAGUACCCAGGAGGUCUCAUGCCCCAAUAUACCGGCUACCCUCCCCAGCAGCAACAGCAACAACAGCAGCCGCAGCAGCAGACCGCUGCUCCUCAACAGCAACCCCAGCCCACGGGCAUGACGUCGUCCCAAAUAGCAGACUCGUUCCGCUCCACGCCUGCUCAGCAGCAGCCCCAGCCUCAGCCUCAGCAGUCCUCGUCUGCCUCGUCCAAGAUUCCGAACAUCCGUCUGUCCUUCAUCACCGCCCAGGACCAGUCCAAGUUUGAGCAGCUCUUCAAGUCUGCCGUCGGCAAUGACCAGGCUCUUUCCGGCGACAAGGCCAAGGACCUUCUCCUCCGCUCAAAGCUCCCCGGUGAUGCCCUGUCGCAAAUCUGGAUGCUUUCCGAUACGACAAAGUCUGGCCAACUGCUCUUCCCCGAGUUCGCCCUGUCCAUGUAUCUGUGCAACCUGAAGCUUACCGGAAAGGAUCUGCCUGCUCAGCUGCCCGAAAGAGUCAGAAAUGAGGUCUCUAGCAUGGUCGACAUCAUCUCGUUCGGUGUCGCUGACGCACAACCUGCAUCGCUCCCCUCCACAAACGCUCCCAGCUUCCCUGAUGUACCCACCAUCCAGGCUCCUCAGCCUCAACCUUCCAGCAGCCAGCUCCUCUCUCAGCUGGCUCCUCAACCCACAGGCUUCCAACCCCAGCAGACCGGUUAUCAAUCUCAGCCUUUCCAACCGCAACCGACUGGCCUACAAUCUCAACAGACGGGCUUUCAGUCUCAGUCCACUGGCUACAAUGGUCCCCGUCCUCCUAUGCCCCCAAUGCCCACCGGCUUUGGUCAAGGCCUGACUCCUCAAGCUACUGGUUACCCCAUGGCUCCUCUUAACGCACAGCCCACUGGUCGCCCUGGUCAAUGGGGCCUUGUUAAUGCUCCAGCUUCUGGUCUGCCCAAUUUGCAGGCCCUCCAACAGCAGAUGAUGCCUCAGCCUGGUCGUGAGACUGGCUUUAGCACUGCUGGUCUCCGUGGUAAUGCCACCGUUCCAUGGGCUAUCACAAAGGACGAGAAGAAGAUCUACGAUGACAUGUUCAAGGCAUGGGAUGGUCUGAGCAGAGGUGCUAUUAGUGGUGCAACAGCUAUCGAGAUCUUCGGCCAGAGUGGUCUGGAAAAGAAUGAUCUCGAGGCCAUCUGGACCUUGUCUGACCCCCACAACAGGGGCAAACUCAAUCUCGAUGAGUUUGCUGUGGCCAUGCAUUUGAUUUACCGCAGACUGAACGGCUACCCUGUGCCCGCUAAGCUUCCUGCCGAGCUUGUACCUCCUUCCACUAGAAACCUCAACGAUGCCAUCGGAACCAUGAAGUCGCAUCUCUCUCAGGAUGCACAAUCGAGAAGAAGCACAGGCGCUUUCUUGCAACCUCAGAAGACUGGUGUGAGCUACUUGAAGAAUCACUCUUUCGCUGGUGCAGGUGCCAGCAUUGCCGGACCUCGCAAGGAUGCCACCGUUUACAAGAACAACGACGAGGAUGUUGGUUACCGCUCGUCUGCGCGUCGUCGUACAGGCGAUACUGGGCGUACCGCUUCUCCUGCCCAAGAAAAGCCUGUUGACGAAAUGUCUGUCGAUCAACUGAAAAAGGCCAUCCGUGAGAAACAGGUCCUUCUCGAUGCCAUGGACUUUGAAGACGAGGGUAGGGCCGAUGAGGAGGAUGCUCUCGAUCGCAAGGACCGUAAGGAGGCCGAUGAUCUUUACAGACGCAUUCGUCGCAUUCAAGAAGAUAUCGAUGGGCACCCGAACUCUGGCUUCCGUUCUACCGACUCUGAUGCUGAACGUAGAACACUCAAGAGACAACUUCAGACACUGUCAGACCGCCUGCCUGAGCUGGCUUCUCAUGUUAGACGCUGCGAGAGAGCCAUUGCCGACGCACAGCUAGAACUAUUCCGUCUCAAGGAUUCUAAAGCUAACCCAAGCUCUGCUCCGGCUAUCGUCGGUACUGGCCCUGGUGGUGCUGUAACAGAGUCGGAUCGUCUCAAGGCAAGAGCUAGAGCCAUGAUGCAAGCACGUUCAGCUGCACUCACCGGCAAGCCCGCUCCAGCCGCUGCUUCUGGAGACGAUGGUGCAGGUGCCGCUAAGAGACUUGAGGAUGAAAGUAACCGCGUCCGUCUCGAAAGAGAAGAGAACGAGAGAAUGGUGCGUGAGGUUGAGGAUUCGGUCAACGAAUUCAGUAGAACCAUCGAGUCUAGUCUCAAGGAAGGAUCUGAAGAUGCGGCUACUGAGCACGAGAAAAGACGAUGGGAAGAUGGACUCGGUGUUGAGGACGAGGUUAAGGACUUCAUCUUCGAUAUGCAGCGCAGCAGCAGAACCACUCGCAUCAGAAAGGACGAGAACAAGAACCCUCGUGAUCGCGUUGCGUCACCUCGCACCGAAGAAGUCGGCCGUAACAGCAGUAGCUCUCGCGUUGAGAGCCCCGUCGCUAGGAGCGAGACCCCUCGUGGAGGUUCUUACAAUGCUUACAAGACCGCAGAAGACCGUGCUACCUUCAUUAAACAACAAGCUGAGCAACGCAUGGCUGAACGUCUUGCCGCUCUGGGCCUUAGAGCCCCUACGAAGCCUGGCGAGUCUGCACAGCAGCGUCAAGAACGUGAGCGCAAGGAACGCGAAGACCGCUUGCGCCAGGCGGAACAGGAAGAUGCGCGUAGAGAAGAGGAGAGACAGCAGAGACUGGCCGGCGAAAGCAUUGCACCUCCAAGUGCUGAAAAGCCUCUUGGGAAGAAGGCCCCACCUGCCCCUGCACCUCGCAAGAACCGCGGCGACUCUGUCGGCAAGCAAGAAGAGCAACAGGCUCAGACUGAAGCUCAGCGAUUCGAGCAACAACAAAAGGAGCAAGCGAUCAGGGAACAGCAAUCCGCCCAGGCAUCAGAGACUAGGGGACUUGAAGACGAGGAACGUCGUCAGGAAGAAGAGCUCCGCAAAGAGCGCGAGUCUGCUGCUGAACGUCUCCGUGCACUUGAAGAGCAAGUUCGUCAGGGCAAGCUCAAGAAGGCAGAAGAAAAGAAGAAGAGACAAGCAGCUUCCAAGGAGGCCGAAGAGAAGGAAUCUCGUCUUGCCGCUCAACGUGCAGAAAUCGAAGCUGCGAAAGAAAGAGAGAGACAGUUGCAAUUGCAGCUUGAAAGCAUAGACGAUAGCUCGGACGACGAUGAUGGUCCACAGACUAUCACUCCGAUGGAAAGCACACCCGCUGCCAGCCAGGAGCUCCAGAGGGAAGUGUCUCCUGCAGCUCCAACAGAGGCCGCACCCGCACCACCGAGCGCUCCUGCCCCUCCACCAAUGCCCACCACCGUUGUCAGUCCCCCUGAGGAGUCGAAGAAUCCGUUCUUUAGAAGCAUGAACCAGCCCACGGCUCCCUCUGCGUCCGCUGCAUCUCCCGCUGCUAGCGAUGCCGCCUCGACUAAUCCCUUCCAUCGUUUCACUGCACAGGACUCUGGCAAGACUGCCUUGCCCGAGCCUGCUGCACCGUCGGCUCGUCGUACGAUCAAGCCCGCCGAUGAUGACGACUGGUCCGUAGUCGACUCCGAGUCCUCCGAUGAAGACGACGACGCGCCUACAGGCGGCAGCGCCAAACAGCUUGCCUCGAUGCUCUUCGGCACCAUGGCACCCCCACGCCCUCUCUCAUCCAUGGAGAACAACUCACCCGCCUCAAGCUCACCUGCAAUCCCUACCGCAUUGCCACCACUUCCUCCACCAACCCUCGAUGCCGGACCUCCGACUCCCGCGCCUGAUGGCGGUGUCGCUCCCCCCGCUCCUCCACCGCCGCCACCAUUGCCUUCUAUGGAUGCUCCUCCUCCACCUCCCAUGCCUUCUAUGGGUGCUCCUCCUCCACCUCCCAUGCCUACUGGUGGUGCUCCUCCUCCGCCUCCUAUGCCUUCAGGCGGUGCGCCCCCACCACCUCCUAUGCCUUCUGCACCGGCAGCAGGAAAAGGUGGCGCGCCUAACAUUUCCGGUCUGCUAGGAGAGAUUCAACUAGGCAAGGGGCUCAAGAAGACGGUAACGAAGGAUAGGAGUACUUCGUCUACUGCAGGUCGUGUCUUGGGUUAGGAAGUGGAAGAGUCUUUGGUCGUUCUCUCUUUGUGUUUAUCCUUGUGUCGUUUGUUAUUUGUAUCCAAUGGGGUUUCUCGAAACUUUGUAUUUGUUCUCUGUUCGAUCUUUCCGCGAAGUGUAUAUUGUGUAAUAGAGACCGGUUUUUUGUUUUAAUAGAGUAGUUAUCUAACCACAUGGUUUAGUCUCUUGUACACUUCUUUACGCUGUGUCGUCAUAUCAGAGUUUGGCCUUUGUUCCCAAAGACGAAUUUGAUAUGCGUACCCUAUUGACGUCAUCGGUAUAUAGCAUCUCCCCAGUUCAGGGUCAUCCCCCCCUUUCACAAGGCACACUUCCCCCACCAAUGAAACCGCUUUUCCUCAC